AUGGAUCUUGAUACUUUGUAUGCCGAUGCCUUGGCUGGAGAUGCCGAAGCCAUAGCCGAAUUAGAGAAGAAAGCUGAUCGCCUCAGCCAACACGAUAGAACUAUCCUUCACGUCGAAUCCAUGUAUGGUCAUGCAGAACGCGUGCGAAGCAUUAUGAAAAUGUUUGAACAAAUUUUUUUUUUGGUCAAGCUGGAUACGUUUAAACAAACUGCGCUUCACCUGGCCGCAGAUCAUGGACACACUGAAGUGGUCGAGCUCCUGAUUGAUGCAGCCAGAGCUUUGUCUUCUCCGCUUGGUGAUGAUGAUAUACAUGAUCCAGUUGAAGAUUUUAUUAGGCGAGCUGAUGAGAAGAUGAGCACUGCUUUGCACCUAGCAGUCAGCAAUCAUCACAUGGGUAUUGUUAAGCUGAUAGUGGAGCCAGAUCCGAGGGAUAGACAUAUUCAGAACUGUAACUAUGAAACUCCCAUCUACAUUGCAGCAAAACUGGGCUACACCCACAUAGUCAUUUACGACCGCCAUUACCGACCGCACAAAAUCGAAAAAUAUAAGCAUCUGUCCACUGCCAAGGAACUUUGGAAAGCAGCCAAACGUUCAGCUUGUCAUGAGGAUGCACCAUAUAACAGCUUUGAAGCCUUGUUUUAUAUCACUGACCAGGAUGGCCACAAUGUCUUGCAACUGGCAGUGAUGGGAAAUAACAAGGAUGCGGUGGAGCUGAUACUGAAGGAAGAUCCGGAAUAUCACCACAAGCGUUCAAAUAAAAACAGUGAUCUCAAGUCUUUAGCUUACAUAGCGGCCGAAAAGAGGUAUAAAGACAUUGUCAAACUAGUCUGUGAAACUUAUGAAGCCAGAAAUGAAAUUGGUCAUUGGGGUCAGACCACUUUGCAUGCUGCUAUUAUAGGGCGUGAUGCAGACACUGCACUUGUUCUUUUACGCCGUAACCGCCAUCUAGUAACAUGGGAAGACCACAGAGGGUGGACACCACUUCAUUACGCCGCUUAUUACGGAUUUGAUGAAAUAAUCCUUGAGAUGCUAGAUAAGCAAGACGAGGUAGCAGGAUACCAGUUUGUGCCCAGAGAAAACAUACCUCCACCAUUUUUUGUGGCAGUAGAACAAGGACAUCUUUCUACGGUACAACUAUAUAUGUUCAGCCAUGUAAUAGGGUCAAAAUCGGUCAGCGCAGAUGUUAAUUUUAAUGGUCAAAAUAUACUGCACUUUAUGGCAUGGCGUCUGGAAAAAACAAACAAAUGAUAAAGUAUAUAUUGAGGUUCUGUGAAACUAGCUCCGUGGAAAAUAUCGAUAUAUUGAAUCAGAAAGACAUCCAUGGAAAUACACCUCUUCAUAUACUAAUUAUCCGUGAGGGUUGUUAUGUACCUGAAUUCAUUAAAAGUGUCAGCAUUGAUAAAAAUGCAACAAACAAUGAUGGGUGGACUCCUGUAGACAUGUUAUAUUUCAGUAAGAACGUCACGGACGACCAGGUACGAAUUAGAAUAGAAAUCGAUAAUAUCCAAGCUAAACACAAGUGGAAAUUUUGGCACAGAAGCAUCAAAUUACAUAACCCGAGUCCAGUGCCCUUUGGAAUCAGGUUCGGAAAGGAACCUGAAUUUAUAAAAGCUAAGAGAUUACUGAUUGAAGGAGAGAUUAAAAGGAAGAAAGAUGAGUUUAAACUGGUGAAAGAUGAUCUUGAAAGGUAUAGGCAAAGAACCAACACACAAAUCAUAGUUACCGCGCGCUUAUAACUACGGUAACCUUUACCGUCGGAUUUACUUUGCCAGGAGGUUACCAUGAGAGUGGAGAACCCGAUCAAGGUUUGGUACUUCUUUCUAGGAAAACUGCUUUUAAGGCAUCCAUGAUCUCAGAUGCUUUAGCUCUAAUGUUGUCGACUUGUUCUUUAUUUUUCUACUAUGUAUGAUGAUCCACUCCAAGUGUCAAAACUGAAUGCUGCAUCAACUGUCCUCAUUAUUGUUUCCGUCAUUGGAAUGAUGUUGACAUUUAUCACUGGAACAUAUGUUGUAUUGUUCCACUCACCAGCCUUGGCGAUUACCGUGUGCCUAAUCUGUUGCUUUUUCUUCAUUCUCGUCAUUGUUCAGUCGAUCAAGAUGAUUUAUGAUCGUAGACUAACAAAGAUUCAUAUAGUUUGAGUUUCUUUUUUAUUA